UGCCUGUUUUGCUGGGCUAGGAGUGCCGUGCUAGGUGCUAUGCUGCGCUGUGCGCAGGUAGUGAGGGGAGCGAGGGAGGCGGGGGGUAUGGCUUCGGAGCGUGUGCAGGGCUUUUGCUUCUUUUGAUUCGUGUGGGGCUUGUUGUGUCGCUGUGCUGCUGUGCUGCUGCGUCUGUGCUGUGCUUGCAGGCAGGCAGGCAGAGAUAGAGAGAGAGAGAGCGAGUGCGAGCGAGUGAGCGGUCUUUCCUUCCCCGGGGAUCUAAGCUUUGUUGCGUUGUGCCUUCUGCCUUUCUUUUCUCUCCUCCUCCUCCUCUCCCCAUCUCUCUCUGUCUCUCCCUCUGUCACUCUCGCCUUCUUUCUCCGUGUGUCUCUCCAUUGGCCUGGCUUGGCGUUUUCUCUCUAUUCUCGCUCGGACUUCAUCAGCUUUCCCAUCAUCAUGUGCAUUUGGUUCCACUCCUCCUUGCUUCCCACCUCGUGCUUCGUCUUCGUAGGUCCGAGCAGUAGUACACGCCUGGGGCUCGCUUCGCCUCGCCUCGCCCCGGUCGGUGUGGUGUUGGUGGUGUUGAAUAGGGAGUAGGCGAGCGGAGGAGGCAAGGAGAGCAGGGAAAGGCUAGGGAGGGAAAGGAAGGGCAAAGAGAGGACGGGGGCAGCGAGGGAGGCAGCGAGGCAGAAGACAAGGUCGGGAGGGGGAGUCAAGCGAGGGAGGGUGGACGACGAAGAUCUCUCCUCUGUUGUGAGCCCAUGAGAGAGAGACAGACGGGCUAUGGCUGCUGCUUCUUCCUUUACUUUUACUCCCUCGUUCGCUAUUUCUGAGUUUUCUGCUUCUUCCGGUCGCAUCCCGGCUGCUGCCUUCUCGCAUCCUUCCUCAUUCCAUCGCCCCGACCAAUUUUUCGGCAUACCAUUCCUUUGAACAACAUCCGGGUUCAGGAGAUGCAUGCGAUGAGGCCAAAAGGCGAACCUAGGAGACUGCCACAAGUAUGCUAGCGGAUUUCAGGAUCGAUGUUGAAUCCACGUUGUUGGCAGGAGAAGUUUUGCUCUUGGUUUUAAAUUGGUCCAUUGGUUCAGUAUGUCAUGCUCAGAGGCUGGGGGAAUCGACAAUCGGAAGGGGAUCAGCUGCGCGAUGUAGGUUGUAGAAUGGCAGCGAGUUUCAAAGUUUCAGCACAAAGACUUAUAGAAGGCGUGCAGGGAAGGGCUGUUACCGACGUUGGAGUUGGCACGUAGGGUUUCGAACACCGAAGUGAGUCGUCAGGAACUGGAGCAAGGCCAUGGUGCGCCUUUUAGGUCUGAAUUCGCGGGUAGGCAUAGAUACAGAUGAUGGGCCCCGGGAGGUCGUCAAGACUCCAAACACAUCAGGGGACAGUGGAUGGCUUAUUAGGUUCUUCGACUCGUCUUUCUUUUGCGAGUGGAUUGCGAUCAGCUACUUGUACAAACAUGAGCACUCAGGGGUCAGAGAUUAUCUCUGCAACAGGAUGUACGCUUUGCCUAUCGCUGGCAUCGAGACAUACCUUUUCCAGCUUUGUUAUAUGCUCCUCCACAUGCCCAGUCCUUCGCUUGAUAAGUAUAUUGUUGAUAUGUGCUCCAAGUCGCUCCGUAUCGCCAUCAAGGUUCAUUGGUUUCUCUUGGCGGAAUUAGAGGAUGUGGAUGACAGUGUAACUAUUCAAAAGCUCCAAGAGAGAUGUCAAUCCGCAGCUCUGAACGGAGAUUGGCCGCCUUUAAUAAAGCCUCACAAGAACACGAGCAGUCCCGCUGGCGGGAAAAUACGCAUGUUCAAUAAAUUACUUUCCUCGCGACGUCUUCUGUCAACAUCUUCUCCUCCACAUCAGAAGCAAUCUUCGUCCUACACUUCGCCUGGGCCUCUUGAGGAUGGGGUCCGCGAAGGAAACAAGGUAUCUUCAGAUGACACAGAUUCGACCCUGAAGGUUUUUAAGAAGCUAUUACCAGGGCCCAAGGUGCGUGAAGCCUUUCUUAAAAAGUUCAGGGAGAAGGAAGAGGAGGAUGGUGACAGGCCGAAAGAUGCCGAAUCGGAGAAUUUUUUUCGGAGGUUGUUUAGGGACAAGGAAGACGAGGAGAGAGCUGGACGCAGCGAGGACUUCGCUAACCCCGAUGGGUUUUUCCGUCGAUUGUUUAGAGAUAAACAUGAAUCUGAUGACAGGAUUGGAGGGAGAUCCAUAGACGACGACGAGAAGGAGGGAUUUUUUCGAAAGUUGUUCCGCGACAAACAUGAUGACCGAGAUCGUGGCGAUGCCCGCGAGAAAGGUGAAGAUGACGAGAAGAUCUCCAUGAACUGGGAGGACGACGAAGUUCAUGAAUUUCAUGAGUUUUCUCUCUUCAAAAGAUUUUUCAGAGUUCAUCCCGAAGAUGAAUCCUUGGGUCUAGAUGGUAUCACGGGCACUCCAGACGGUAGCCCUGGUGAGAGUUUCUUCAAAAGACUGUUCAAAGAUCGUGAAGAUAGCAAGUUCUUUAGUCUGCGUCGUGAGGAUGGUACAGGUAUGAGUCCCUCCAACUUUCUGAAGCGUCUAUUUAAAGACCGUGGAGAUGAAGACGCGAAUAUGCCGGUUGCGGAGGAUGGGAUGCUAGUCGUGAAUACACACAUCAACACGGAUCUGGAUGUCCUAGAUCUGCCCAGGGAAAACUUUAAAGCGGUCCAGGUGCAUGUGAAGAACGGGUAUCAUCGUUCUGAAAGUCCUUUGAAAGAAGUGGGCAGUGUGAAACGUAUCGAAAAUUGCACCGACACUUCUGAAGAUAUGGAGUUUGCAGAUGCCCUACUUGGAGACAGAAAGCUGUUUUUUGAUGCAGAGGAUGCCAUCCACAGGGAUGAGCCUAUUGCAGCGGAUAAAAUUUCUCCAGAUCCUGGGUUUUGCAAGUUGGCUGCGCCACCUGAAACGCCACCACCAGUCACUAGAACAGUUUCCUUCACGAAGUUGGCAGGAUCUCCGUUGAGAAAACCUGAAAGGACGUCGUCCAAGCCACCACUACCUAGACACUCUACCUUCAGGAUUCGUAAAGGCACAUAUCAUGCCACUCUCGAUUUUGUGCAAUCCCUCUGUGACACAUCAACUGGUUUGGCGGAUGUGUUCCCCAUGGAAGAUCGUAGGAAAUCGUUGCAAGAGUCACUUCAGGAGCUCAAUGACCACUUAGUAUCUGCUGAGAAUGAUGGAGGUGUCUGUUUUCCCAUGGGAAGAGGCCUUUGUCGUGUUGUGCAUAUACCCGAAGAUGAAGCCGUCCUCUUAAAUUCAAGAGAAAAGGCGCCCUUUCUGAUAUGCGUGGAAGUUUUGAGGUGUGAUUCUCAAAGGCCCGAAGCAAAUCGUGAAGGGAAAGAAAUCAUCCCACGGAGACGUGGUGGAAUCCCAUUAGCAAACAGUGAUGUACAGUUUCCCCGACCACCCCCAUGGGCUUUUCCAACAUGGAACCACCCUAUGCAACAUCCGAACACGGAACAGCUUCUAAGAACUGCCUCUAAGGCCAUUGAUCAAGCUCUGGCUCAACUUUUGGAUUCAAAGCUUAAAGUUGUGGAUGUCACCCUCUCUGUUAAGAAGAGAGUUGGCCCAAGAUCAGACUCAGUAAAUCUUAGAAUAUCGGACAAUGAGGAUGCUUUAGUUUCUACUUCCACUGGAAGCAGAGGUGAGGAUGAGUUAAGAUCCGAAGCUGGAACCGGAAACAGUACAGACGGGGAGCAAGUCGCUUUAGAGAGAAGCAGAGAAGAGACUUCCAUUGGAGGUAGUGUAGAGGAUAACAAGCGUGAAGAUUGUGCUGACCAAAGUGGAGAUAGGGGAGCUGAAGGGAGCCUUGCAUCUGUUAGUGAGAGUGGGGACGCGGCUGGUCUUCGCUCCGAGGGGAGUUCUGAAGAAGAAUGGGUAACUGUUGUCUUGACUUCGGUCGCCGGUCUUAAUAUGGAAGAUGUUGAAGAGGACCAUCCUGUUCGAAAGAAAGAACAUCGUCGAGUUCCAAGUACGAUCGCCAUGGCUGAAGUCACUGCUGCUGCUGCCAAGGGUGAAGCUCCUGCUGGUCUUCCUGUUAAUAAAGCCGGUGGCAUUUCCACUGAAACACAAGUUGCGGAUAAAAGAGGCAUGGAUGCCAAAGCCACAGAUGCGCUCGCGGGUGAGCUUUGGGAGCAUAAGAAAGAUCGGAUCCGGAAGACAUCCAAGUUUGGUUCUCUUGCUGAUUGGGAUUUAUGCUCGAUGAUUGUCAAAAGCGGAGAUGAUUGUAGACAGGAGCACUUGGCAGUUCAGCUUGUUGCUCAAUUUUAUGAUAUCUUCCAAGAAGCUGGGUUGCCUCUCUGGUUGCGCCCUUACGAGGUCUUGGUCACCUCAUCACACACCGCCUUGAUUGAAACUAUACCAGAUACAGCAUCAAUACAUGCAAUUAAAAGUAGGAACUCUAAUUUGGUAAACCUACGGGAGUUUUUCUGCAACAAGUACAUAGAAAAAACACCAGAAUUUACCCUUGCUCAGAGAAACUUCGUGGAGAGCAUGGCUGGUUAUUCCAUCCUUUGUUACAUGCUUCAGGUGAAGGACAGACAUAACGGGAAUUUGCUGCUUGAUGAAGAAGGACACAUCAUACAUAUAGAUUUUGGCUUCAUGCUGUCAAAUUCUCCAGGUGGAGUCAACUUUGAGAGUGCACCUUUCAAACUGACACGUGAACUUUUGGAGGUUAUGGAUUCAGAUGCUGAGGGCAAACCCAGUGAAUUUUUUGACUAUUUCAAGGUUCUGUGCAUCCAGGGCUUUCUCUUGUGCAGAAAGCAUGCAGAGCGAAUCAUCUUACUCGUGGAGAUGAUGCAAGACUCUGGAUGUCCUUGCUUCAAGGGUGGCCCUAGAACAAUCCAAAAUUUGAGGAAACGCUUCCACCUGAAUUUGACGGAGCAGCAAUGUGUUUCUCUCGUCCUUUCGCUGAUUGACAACAGCUUGGAUGCUUGGCGAACACGUCAAUAUGAUUAUUAUCAGCGCGUACUGAAUGGCAUCCUCUAAAUCCGCGUGAAAGUCAUGACUUCUCUUCCCACUUCAGAAUUGGUCAGGUGCUGUGACACAUCUUCACAGCCUGUGUAAGAAUUGAGGUUCCUUGGAUCUUGGAUGUCCUGUCCAGAGGAACUUGUUGGUCACACACGGACCAGAAAGUGACCUCUACAUGUGGCUAAAUACUUUAUUUGUUUUGAGGAUAUCCAGUUGGGAUCAUGCAUGUUCUCAGUACUUAGCUUGAUUAUUGGAGAUGUGGAAGUUCAUGGACAGGCUGAGGAGAAACUCCAUACGCUGGUCUGUGACGCUAUGUAUGUUUUGGUUUGGCGUUUGAUUUGAACUCCGGCCACGACGAUUCCUGUGAUGACGCACCAACAGUGCCAUGUUUGUAUAGUUCACCCUUACCUCCUGGCCUUUGCAGCUAGUGAGGUGGGGUCAGAUUGGUUGUAAUUGCUUUACAACCAUUGUAAUUAUAAUGCGGACACACUUGGAUUGCAAAUAACUGUGUAGCUUGUAUAACGUUCGGCAAGGUGGUUGUUGUACACCAAUUUUGCAGCAAAAUUGUCACGGA